UAUGGAUCAGUGUAUGGAGUGUCCAGAAACUCACUAUGCAAACUCAGAAAAGAUCCACUGCCUACUGAAAACUGUGACAUUUCUGGCCUAUGAUGAUCCCUUGGGGAAGACACUUAGCUUCAUGUCCCUGGGCUUUUCUUCACUCACAGCUGUUGUUCUUGUGGUGUUUCUGAAGAACAGAGACACCCCCAUUGUCAAGGCCAAUAACCUGGCUCUCAGUUACACCCUUCUCAUCACUCUGACCCUCUGUUUCCUCUGUCCCUUACUCUUCAUUGGCCAUCCUAGCACAACCACCUGUGUCCUGCAGCAAAACAUUUUUGGACUUCUCUUUACUGUGGCUCUUUCCACUGUGUUGGCCAAAACUAUCACUGUAGUUAUAGCCUUCAAGCUCACUUCUCCAGGAAGAAGGAUGAGAUGGCUAUUGAUAUCAAGAGCCCCUAAUUACAUUAUUCCCAUCUGUACCCUGAUCGAAGUUGUUCUUUCUGGAAUUUGGCUGACAACAUCUCCACCAUUUAUUGAUGAAGAUGCUCACUCAGAACAUGGACACAUCAUCAUCAUUUGCAACAAAGGCUCAGCUAUUGCUUUCCAUUGCAUCCUGGGAUACUUGGGAGCACUGGCCCUAGGGAGCUACCUUAUGGCUUUCUUGUCCAGAAAUCUACCUGAUACAUUCAAUGAAGCCAAGUUCCUGGCUUUCAGCAUGAUGGUCUUCUGCAGUGUCUGGAUCACCUUCCUCCCUGUCUACCACAGCACAAAGGGGAAGAUCAUGGUGGCUAUGGAAGUCUUCUCUAUCUUGGCUUCCAGUGCAUCACUCUUAGGCAUCAUCUUUAUCCCCAAGUGCUACAUCAUAUUAUUAAGACCAGAAAGGAACUCACUUCAUUAUAUCAGGGACAAUACAUAUGCUAAGAGAAAAAAGCCUUCUUAA